AUGGAGGCCAAGGUCUCCCCGUCCUGCCCUCCGUCACCUGCUAAGGAUCACAUCUGUUGGACACUUCAGACUCCAGAGAUGAAUUUGAAAGUACGGAGCAGCAGCGGCGGCAGCGGCAACGGCAGCAACGGCAGCAGCAGCAGCAGCAGCAUCAUCAUCAGCAGCCCGCCUGGCGAGCAGACGACGACGACGAAGAAGAAGAAGAAGCAGCAUCGGACGGAGCUGGUGCCCAAGCCGCAGAUUAAAAAAGCGGUUGAGACUCUCCUAAAACAUCCGGGAAUUCAGAAGAAUAAUUUGCUCUUGAGUGACUACGAGAAUAUCUUUUUAAUGGUGGUAUUAUGGAAAAUACCCCAAGUCAGAAAGAAAAUCGGCAUACCCCUGCCUUUUAGUAUUCGACAUGAUACAGUUGAAGUUUGCCUGUUUACCAGGGAUGAGCCCAAGUUAACUGCAGAACAGACAGAAAACCACUACAGAAAACUUCUGGGACAGCAAAACGUCAACAUUAGUCAGGUGAUUCCCUUUAAGACUUUAAAAACAGAAUAUAAACCGUUCGAAGCCAAGCGUCGCCUCCUGAAUAGUUUCAGUGUCUUCCUGUGUGAUGACAGAAUCAAGCGGCUUCUGCCCUCCCAUUUAGGGAAACAUUUCUAUUUGCGCAAGAAAGACCCUUUACCUGUAAAUAUGACGUGCGCGAAUCUGGCCCAGCAGUUGCAAAAAGUUAUCCAAGGAACUUCGAUGGCCAUCUCUAAUCGUGGCGGUUGCAGUUCGGUUCAGGUCGGUCACACUGGAAUGAAGAUUAAGGAGAUUGUGGCUAAUGUGAUUUCCACAGUAGAAGUGCUCUCGGAGAAGUUGCCGGAGAAAUGGAAAAAUGUAAAAAUGAUUUACAUGAAAACAGAAAGAUCUGUCUCUCUUCCCAUCUUCUCUUCCUUUCUCAAUGAAUUCAAGGAUCUCCCAAGACCCGCCUUCGCUAAACCAAAAAAACAAAAAGAAACACAAGGAGAAAUGAAAGCAGAGAAAAUAAAAGCCUCCAAAAAACCCGCCCCUCGCCCAGAGGUGAAGAAGCAACGCAGUGCCGGUCCUGGUGCUGGGGUUCCGUCUGUCGCCGGCCUUGAAAAAGAACAGAAAGAAAAGGCCAAAACCACAGCAGUGCAAGAACAGGAGCCUGAAGAGGAAAUUCCACAGUUAAUUCCCAUCCAAAUAGGGCCUUCUAAAAAGACCCCCCGGAAAGCGAAACCCGAAGAGAAAUGGCCCAAAAAGAGUCUCGGGGUCCAAAGUCCUCAAAGUCAAUCCACCCGCCAGAAGCGGAAGGUUUCCGUGACUGAACUGUCUCCAAAAGAGAUGAAUCAAGGAACGGAAUGGCUGGAUGGCCCAGCCAAGAGGCUGAGGAUCUCAGAAGUGACCAAGCAAGAAACCCCAUUGUCCCUGAGGAAGGCAACCCGGAAAAAGACUCCCAGAAAGCCGGAGUCCAGCUCCUCUGCUGCUCCUGACGAAAGCCCGGGCAAGAAGCCGAGGAUCUCGGAAGUGGCCGAGCAAGAAACCCCUUCUUCCCUAAGGAAGGCUACCCCGAAAAAGACUCCCAAAAAGCCGGAGGCCAGCUUCUUUGUUACUCCUCACAAAAACCCAGGCAAGAAGGCGAGGAUCUUGGAAGUGGCCGAGCAAGAAAUCCUUUCUUCCCUAAGUAAGGCAACACCGAAAGUGACUCCCAAAAAGCCGGAGGCCAGCUCCUCUGCUACGCCUGACGAAAGCCCGGGCAAGACGCCGAGGAUCUCGGAAGUGGCCGAGCAAGAAACCCCUUCUUCCUUAGGGAAGGCAACUCGGAGAAGGACUCCCAGAAAGCCAGAGGCCAGCUUCUUUGUUACUCCUCACAAAAGGCCAGGCAAGAAGGCGACGAUCUCAGAAGUGGCCGAGCAAGAAACCCCUUCUUCCCUAAGGAAGGCAACCCCGAAAAAGACUCCCAGGAAGCCGGAGGCCAGGUCCUUUGCCACUCCUAACAAAGGCGGGAGGCUGAUGAAGUCAGCUAGGAAACCUCCCCGAACCCCAAAGCAAAACCCCAAGAAGCCACAAGUGCCUCAGUCGGCCUAAAGACUUGGCAUAUGAGUGGCUCGUUUGGAAAUAAAUGUUUUCAUUGUUUCCCUAGCCCCUUCCCCAUACGAUGGUUUUACCAGCCUAGCCUUUCCCUGUAAUCUUCUAUUUUCAGGAAUACAUUGCCCAUGGUGUGUAUUACCACUUGAGGAUAUUUUUAAAAUAAACCUACUUUUCUUGGGU